GGUGCCCCUAUUUUACGUUUUUGAUUUUACUUUUACUAGUUGUGUCGAGUGUUUUUGGCGUGCCGCCGGCCACGUGUCUUGCUUCCCACAAAUUAUUCAACUAAAAAAUGGCAGAAUUUUACUGCUACGAAGAGUCUCAUUAUCGAAUCAAAGUUUUCUCCCAUUUAAAAAAUGUCGGUUACGUUCCACAAAAGGGCUCCGAGAUCUUUAUUUCCGGGAUUCCUCGCGAAGCGACCAUUCGAGACCUACAAAAUUUUUUGGAACCCGUCGGACCGUUUUUCGAAAUCAAACUGAUGAUGAAACCUGACGGCGUCUAUAAUCGGGGAUUCGGCUACGUGACUUAUAUGAACAAACCUUUGGCCGAUAAAGCCAUUGAGGAGCUAAAAUGUAAACUGUUCCUGCAUACGACUUACCUGAAUUUGCAAAAAUCGGUAAAUAACUGUAGGAUUUUCGUUAGCGGUUUGCCGAUUGACAAAUCAAAGGAUGAAAUAUGGAACGAGUUGAAGCACACUUAUGAUAUUAAUAAUAUUGUGGACGUUAUCAUAUAUAGGAAUUUUUCGAAUCCCACGUUUAAUAGGGGAUUUGCUUUUCUAGAAUUCCCUACACACGAGCAAGCGUCCUGGUUUCGGGCCAAAUUUUGGGAUAAAUUAUUUUUGUUCGGGAAACAACUGAUGGUGGAUUGGGCGCGACCGAAUUCUGCUGAAUCGGAUUCGGAUUGCGUUGUUACUAAUAAGACCAAAAUAAUCUCCUUGCGCAAUCUGGAGGUCACUGUGGAAAACAGGGACCUAGCCAAUUUCAUAUAUUCUCUGAUCGAGCCAACCCAUGUAGAGAAGAUCUUCAAAUACAAUAAUUACGCCUAUAUCCAUCUAACAACCAGAAAAUAUGCUGAAGAACUUAUGGACAUCUUGACUGAUUUUUAUAAAGAUACUUCAGUGGAAGUCAGAUUUGGUAAACAGUUCAAUGAUCGUCCCUCUAGGGAGAAACCUUGCUUGGAUCGUCAGAGUAAACCUCAAGCUUGCCCACCAACUGAAAAUAUUUCCAGAGGCCCUAGUGAAUAUAGAAGCAGUAGCCUUUCAGCAUCUUCCGUUUCUUCCAGCAUAUCCACCCCAGAAAACACUGAUACAUUACUCUCCUUGCUAUCACUUAACACAAUUCAAGUGAUGUCUACCCAAAACACUUUACAGCAGUUGGCAAAGAAUAGAGAAGAUCUAGAAAAGAAACUAAUGAAAAAAGAUUCCAGUUUAAGUUUAUCUAAUUCAGAAAAUUUCAGACCAUUUAUCCCAGAGGUCCAGACUUCACCUGAUACACAUAAUCAUACUCCAAGUUUUACUGGACAAGCUUCUCCAAUGCUAACUGAUGGUUUACCUAGACUUACCCAAACAUUAUCUACUCCUAUCCAGGUUGUACCUUCCGAGCCCAAUUACGUUCCGUUAGUAUAUCCGAGACCACAGUACCCCAAUAUCUAUUCACCUUCUCUAUUGAUGGUACCACAGCCGGUAUGUCCUAUACCUAUAAUGCCCCAGGUUCAGCCCGCGCAGUCCUUCGAUUGGUUCAGCGACCCCCGCUGGGCUGAAUGGCAGGUAAGAAGAUGGUGGAUGAACUGGUGGGCAGCAACUGAGUAGCAAGAUUUAGCAGCCGUUUCUUUGUUUUUGCAUGUCAGAUUAUGCACAACGGUAAAUAAAUAAUAUAGAAAUAGGACAACAGAAAAUCCGGUAAAGGUGUAGUUUAGCAACUGCAAAUCGCACCUAAAAUUGUAAGCAAAGGCUUAAAAUGUGCGUUAUUUUACAAUACUACGAUGGCGAUGGCGCAAAUUUUUAAGUAGAUUGGUGCCAAAAAAAAAAACAAAAAAAAUUAUUUUGAUAUGUAUAUAUUUUAAUUGUACCUACCUGAAAUUAUUAACCCUAACUUUUCUGAAACCCGCACUUCAAAUUUAGGGAAAAUAUGGUCUUGUUUCGCCCUAAGAUGUGAGGAAACAUGUCAUUUUACGAUAAUGAGUACAUUUUUUAAAUUUUUAAAAUAAUAUAUAUUCUCGAAAAUUUGUUUUACGAUGCUUUUAUAAUUGGAUUGGAUUGGGAUGGGUUGUUUCGGAUUUACACAUUUUAAGCCUCUUCUGGUUGUCUAGCACAAAGUUGCUUAACUCGACGUGUGCAAAAAUAAUAUACCGUAAUAUGGGGGAAAGCUGACCAGUGGGGUCGAACUUGACCAAAAUUAUUCAAAAAAAUUAUUUAUAAUGUAAGAUUUACUUAAACAUUUUUAGUUAAUUUUCUCAGUUAUUACUUAUAAAAAUGUCAUAAGCUAUGCAUGAUUUUCUUAAAUUUGGGGUCUAGUCGAUCGGGUGGGUUAACUUACCACCUGGAGUAAAAUAUUAGCCGAAUUAAAUCAGAUUUUGAAGACUUAUUGGUAAUAGAAUCAAUUGAUUAUUCAUUAGACUCUGAAGAUCUGCUCUUGUCUAAGUUAGUGAGUACAAUGUCUGUUAACAAAGAGGUCAUUGUACCAACUGAGAUUAGUACUAUCGAAACGACUAGACAAAAUAUCUAAAUAGAUGGUCGUAUAACAUUUUACUAAAAAGUCUGUUAAACAUUAUAUGGGAAAAGUUAUAUCCACUAGUAUAAAAUAUAAUAAAGUAAAAUUAAAAUUUAAAAAAUAUAAAAACAAUUUUUUGUGGCACGAAAAAGAAGACGUUGAUAAAGUACCUUUCAAGGAAUGCAGAAGAUAUUAAGUAAAACACGGAAUUUGUACAACUUUAUAAAUAGUUUAUUACAUAAAGAUACAAAAAUCGGCUCAAACCUUAUUAACACAAUGAAUGACAGAAUAAUGAUCUUAUACUACGCCUAAAAGCGAUUUCACACCAAUUCUAACUACGAGCUUUUUGCACAUUCCGCAUAUUUUUGUUUUUAUGUUUUCGAACGAUGCCUUGGAAGCAGCCGAUGACAUCACCCAGAUCGAAUGUUGAUUUUCUUUCUUUUAACAAAGAGGUGAAUUUUAUUUCACAAACGACAUACAUUUAUUUUAAUCUAAACCUAAAUAAUUCUGUGUUCUUUAUUAACCUAAAUGAUUAUGAUUUGUUGUAUUCUUUCAAAUAAGUAGAAGUUAUCAUGCAAUUUCAAUAGCCGGUCAAGUUCACCCCAACAUGGAGCGAAGUUGAAACCUAAAAAACUAAUGCAUAUUUCAUUAAGCAUUAUCAAUAUUCAUAAAAGACCCAUUAUAUAGGCUAUAUAUAAAGAUAAUUCCAUUAAAAGUUCAAAAUUGGUCAAGUUCACUCCGUUUUACGGUAAUCAAUCUAUUCUGACAACGUAUCUUACAAAUAGAACGUCAACUGUAAAACAAAUACACAGCAUUCACAAUAACAUUAAUGGUUAAAAUACUUUUUAAAUAAAUAUAAAAUUAGAUGAGAAAUACUGGACGUAUAUAGUCAAAUUAAAAUGAUUUCUUAUCUUUAUAUUUAACAACACAAUAAAUCUUUGGUGGUUUUUAAGGUACAAGGAUGAUUUUAC